CUGGCUUCCUACUCCGGGGAGGAAGCCGGAGAACGGGUUAUGUGGGGGCCGGCGGGGGCAUUUGCCAGCGACACCGCGCGCGGGCCGGAAGUGAAGGCUGCGCCAGCCGCGCCGCAGGAGCUCCAGGCUCGACGGUGGCGACGGCGGCCCCUCGGCGGGAGGAGGACGAUGAGGAGCGGCGGGGGCGGCGCGGGGCCUCGCUGCUGCGCGGAGCCGGGUUCCGAGCCCGCGGCCGACUGCGCAGCCCGCCCGCGAGCCUGAGAUAUCUACGUGGAGCUACCAUGGAAAAAUCCUGGAUGCUGUGGAGCUUUAUUGAAAGAUGGCUACUAGCCUUGGCGUCCUGGUCUUGGGCUCUCUGCCGCAUCUCUCUUUUACCUUUGAUAGUGACUUUCCAUCUUUAUGGGGGCAUUGUCUUACUUCUGCUAAUAUUCGUGUCAAUUGCAGGAAUCUUAUAUAAAUUCCAGGAUGUCUUGCUCUACUUUCCAGAACAGCCAUCCUCUUCCCGCCUUUAUGUUCCCAUGCCCACGGGUGUUCCACAUGAGAAUAUUUACAUCAGAACCAGAGAUGGAGUACGCCUGAAUCUCAUCUUGGUUAGAUACACUGGAGACAAUUCCCCAUAUUCCCCAACUAUAAUUUAUUUUCAUGGGAAUGCAGGCAACAUAGGCCACAGGUUACCAAACGCACUGCUUAUGCUGGUCAACCUCAAAGUGAAUCUUGUACUUGUUGAUUAUCGGGGAUAUGGAAAAAGCGAAGGAGAAGCCAGUGAAGAAGGACUGUAUCUGGAUUCUGAAGCUGUGCUAGACUAUGUGAUGACUAGACCUGACCUCGAUAAAACAAAGGUUUUCCUUUUUGGCCGCUCCCUGGGAGGAGCAGUGGCCAUUCACUUGGCCUCUGAGAAUUCUCAUAGGAUUUCAGCCAUCAUGGUGGAGAACACGUUCCUAAGCAUACCACACAUGGCCAGCACACUAUUUUCCUUCUUCCCAAUGCGUUACCUUCCAUUAUGGUGCUAUAAAAAUAAGUUUCUGUCCUACAGAAAGAUCUCGCAGUGCAGAAUGCCUUCUCUGUUCAUCUCUGGCCUCUCUGACCAGUUGAUUCCACCCGUGAUGAUGAAGCAGCUCUACGAGCUUUCCCCAUCCCGGACUAAGAGAUUAGCCAUUUUCCCAGACGGGACCCACAAUGACACAUGGCAGUGCCAAGGAUACUUUACUGCGCUCGAACAAUUCAUCAAGGAAGUUAUCAAGAGUCAUUCUCCUGAAGACAUGACAAAAACAUCAUCCAAUGUCACUAUUAUCUGAUGCCACUCUCUUGAUGGAUGCCUUAGGUUUCAGUUUGUGUAGAAUGAUGAUGUCCUUUCUGGGUGUAUUCAUGCUGGUCUGCACAGUGACUCUGAGCUUUGAAGGGGACUCAGCAUUCCAUUCUGAUGGUCCUAUAACUUUACAUAUUUUCAGAACUGGGCUUCUUGAGAUUAUUUCAUAUUCCCACCAAAACUUUCAGCCUAGUUAUAUACCCUUAACUUUAAGAUGGCGGUGUGAUGAAGCUCUUCCAAAAGUCUUUUGUUGAUUAAGUGGUAAAAUCUAUGUUGUAAUCAGAUGGAGACACAAACAGGAAACCUUCAGGUGUUAUUCCUUUAGUAAACAUUGGGACAAUCACAGUAAGCAAGCCUAGUGCUUCUGUGUUUUCACCCUAAACAUUAAGAUGAAGUGCAUGGUGGUGUUUCAUUCUUGACUUAUGCAAUGCGAUAUUUUAAAUGUAAAUAACACUGGUCACAUGCCAAUGUAUAUGGUUCCCUGGGUUAUAUCUAUUUUUAUGUAAACUCUAUUUUGUUUUUGGUGAGGAAUGAGUGUGAGGCCUGUGAGCAGAUUCCAUGCUCUGCUGCUGAGAUCUGGGUUUUUCCUAAUAAUAAACAGGACCAUUUUCCAAUGUA